UGGGGGGGACAUUUUGAGAAUAUUUGAAUAUGGGGGGGGGUGUCCCUUACAAUGUAUAUUAUAAUUACCGCCUUGCUUCAAUGUAAAACACAAUUCAAAAGAAAUAAAAUUAUAAAGUGUUGUUUCUUUGCACUGGAAUGUAUCUUUGAAUAACUGCAUGUCAUCUGACUUAACCAAAGCACCACAUUGGCUAAACUAAGGUCUUCCCCAAAAAACAAACUACAAUGUUUUAUUAAAGAGACAAUCCCAAGGAAAUGAUCACAAAGAGUAUGUUGCCAUAGAGGGUUAAUCACGUUCAUUAAUACAUUUUGGGUAUAAGCACAGUGCGUUUCAUUUUACUGGAAAUCUUAGGUUUCAUUUUUGGUUCUGGCCAAAACACUCGACAACUGGGAGGUUUUUUAGUAUUUUAUUUCUGUUGAUUAGAAUAAACAAUCAAAUCAUGCAAGUCAUGCAAGUCAUUUGUUGUAUGUUACAAACAAUUUUCAUAAAAUAUUUAAAUGAGAAUGUUCUAGGAACUAGUUGGGCCAACCUAGAGAUCAGGGAAGUAUGACUGAGACAAGGAAUGGAAAGGGAAACUUAAGGAAACGAAAAAAAACACCUGUUUGUGUGCCACUAUAAAGUUGUCCCUGUUACUCAGUCUCUUCACUUAGACAUCACAAUCCAGACAGAGCAAAUCAUGGGUGUCCCGGGAUUGAAUGGCUUCAUAGAGGAUAAUAGGAAGUGCUUCAAAGAAGUUCAAUUCAAGAACAGCAAGCUGAUCAUAGAUGGUAGUAAUCUGUACCACUCUCUUUAUUUAAAUUCACAUCUGGAUCAGAGUCGUGGAGGGGAUUACGACGCUUAUGGGGACCUGAUCUGCGCAUUCUUCAAGGUCCUGAGGGAAUGCGGCAUUGAACCGUACGUGAUUAUAGACGGAGGGUCUGAUUAUACUGACAACAAGUUUGAAACUCUUCAAAAACGAGCUCAAUCAAAGAUUGACAAAGCCCAUGGACUCUCUGUGGGGCUUCAGGGGAGCAAUGUAAUACCAACCAUUUCUAAAACGGUCUUUAAACAGGUCCUUUCCAGCUUGAAUGUCUCUUUUGCACAGUGUCUCUGUGAGGCAGAUCAAGAAAUAGCCUCCCUGGCUGAAACAUGGAAAUGUCCGGUCCUCUCCAAUGACAGCGACUUUUUCGUUUUUGACAUUCAAGGAGGAUAUCUGCCCAUGACCCAUUUUAAGUGGCAGGAAUUGUCUGUGGAUAGGGGGGGCUCUCAGAAAUCCAUCCCCUGCAAGCAUUACACUACAACAAUGUUCUGCUCUGAGUUUAGCAUCAACAGGCAGCUUCUCCCGAUCUUCGCUGCUUUGGCAGGAAACGACUACGUCAACUUGCAAGACAUGGGCUUUAACUUCAGGUGGAAAGACUCCUCAACGAUGGGUUACAAUCGUAAAAAAAGGUUUGUCUUUUUCUUCAGGUUGCUGAAUUGGCUGAAACACUUCCAGACAGCGCAGGAAGCCCUGAAGUCAGUGCCUGAGCUGAUCGGCCAUGGAAACAACCAACGCCAAAUGGCCACUGCCCUCCAGGCCAUCUCUCUGGGCAUGGAAGAAUACACACUUACUCCCGGGACACUGGAGCGGUUGUUCAACCACGGAGUGGCGCCUGACCGCAGAGUUCUCCCAAAGCCUCUGAGGGUCCUUCCCGACUGGACCAUGCAGCCGUUGGUGAAUGGUAGACUUCCCACCAAAAUGGUGGACGUGAUGCUGCAGAAGAAGGCCAUACAGAUUGCCCAGGUGGAAAAUCCCAGCUUGCCCAGCGGGAACAUCACGUCACGGCCCAUCCGGCAGGUUCUCUACGGGCUGCUGCUGGGUAGGGGGGCGGUGGUGGAAGAGUACGACAGGGAGCGCCAGAUCCUGACCGGCAGCUUGGUCAAAGCCGUCCUACCCAGGGCUGCAGGGCAGCUGCGUCUCGAAACGCUGGACCAGGCCCCGGGGCCCGUGCGGCUUCAGGUGUUCUCAGAGGCCCUUGAAGUGUCCCAGUCCACUUGGAGCGGGGUGCCACCUCAUCUGGGCCUUCCGGUGGCCGUCACCUGCUACUGGCUGAGGUGUGCCCAACCCCGCCCAGACAAGCCCCUCCUUCAGGCCCUGCUACUAGGCCUGGUGUACGGAGAGCUCUGCAGACGGAGUAAGAGCCAGGGGGCAGAGGAGGGGCCAGUGCUGAGGGGGCUGAGGGGGCGGAUUCAGCCCGGCGCCAGGGGGCUGGACCUGGGUGUGGCCCACACCUUCAGUCAGUGGCAAAGCUGCCUGAGGGAGAGCCUCGACCUGAACCAGCUCCUGUGCUUCCCUCUACCUGAGCCUCAGUGUGUCUGGCUGUACAGAGGCACUCUGGUGCACCAGCUUGUGGCCAAACUGAGAGCAGAGGUGACCCCGGAUUCUCUCCUGAUGGAAGACUCUUCCUCUGUGGAGCUCUACAGGACCAUGCUGGACGCUGUGCUGAACUCCGAGGACCUUCGAUCCAACCUGAUGGCCCCUCUGCAGAAGCUGGAGCUGUAUGGUGAUGUUGAUGAUGAAGAUGAGUAGUGUACUGAAAAGAAUUCCUUAACCUAGUUGUACGCUGUUUUUCAUGCUUUUAUGCUUAAACGUCUUUGAGUCCUUUAAAAGUGCUGUGCAUAAAUGUUGUGUGGUCACAGUUAAUGCAACACACUUCAAUGAAAUAUUAGAUUUACAUUUUAAAAUGAAAUUAAAAUAAAAACAAAAUUUGGAUGCUUGAUUUGUGUGUAUUGUUAUGUGAUAAUAGUAGUCAUAUGUUUUUCUAAAGGAAACCAAAAUAGUUUUUCUUUUUAAAUGGGAGAAACAUUUCUGCUCUAGUCAAUGGCACAUCUGUUGAAUAAACUUUGCAUUUAAUAAACAUCACAUUUAAACUUA